AUGCAAGGGCAUCGUUAUCAAGCCACCUAUCACCUGGUUGAUUAUGAUGAAGUGCCGACUGAAGCAAGUGCCCUGGGGGACCACUUGGCUGCUGCACUUGACUCUUAUGGCAGUAAAGCCUCCCGGCUCCAGCUCGGCGGGUCCUUGAUCCCCUUGACGUCCGUAUUCGGCGGAUGCAUCCUCUUAGAUCCCGCCGGUUCCCGAGCAUGCUGGGGCUCGGGAGAGAUCGCGCACGCGCGGAUGGAGCUGAGAAGGCGUUCGAGGGAGCAGGAGCGCGCCCGCGGCGGUGCGGACGGCCGGGCCGUGGCCGAGAAGUUCGAUCACCUGGAGGAGCACCUGAAGAAGUUCGUGGAGAACAUCCGGCAGCUCGGCAUCAUCGUCAGCGACUUCCAGCCCAGCAGCCAGGCCGGGCUCAACCAGAAGCUGAAUUUUAUUGUUACUGGCUUACAUGAUAUCGAUAAGUGCAGACAGCAACUUCACGAUAUUACUGUCCCUUUAGAAGUUUUUGAAUACAUACAUAGAUCAAGGUCGAAAUCCCCACUCUAUGCCAAAGAGUGCCUGGAGAGGGCUCUGGCUAAAAAUGAACAAGUUAAAGGCAAGAUUGACACAAUGAAGAAAUUUAAAAGCCUGUUGAUUCAACUCUCUAAAGUAUUUCCUGAGGACAUAGCUAAGUACCGGAGCAUCCGGGGGGAAGACCAUCCUCCUUCCUAACUCCCUCCUCCGUCUGUCUGAAGAUCCUCCUAGCCCUGCACGAGUGGCCGUGACCUUCAGGGAGCCUUGACUGAGCGGCACCGAUGCUGUUUCCUGGGCCCAUCCUCCCGCCACCUUGUCCUCGUCGUUGGCCUCUGGGGACGGCAGGGCCUGGAGGGCGUGCGGGGCUGUGCCGCCAGCUAUCCCCUCUCCCUGACGUGCUCUGUUUGGUCCUCUAGCUCUCGGGGGACUGGUGAUCACACAACUUUGAGUGCGAUGUGUAUGAUUCUCCAUGGCCAAAUAGUCUUGGAAAUAUUAAAUAUGAUAGGUAAAGUAAACGUUUAAAA